AGUUACCAUUGUGAAACAUAACGCCAUACUCGUUUGGUCCCACUUUAUUGUUUCGUGUCCCGUUCUCUUAUGUUUUCUCUCAGGAACAUGUCCAUUUUGUAGUUUAAUAGACGCCACCAGGUGCGUCUCACACACAGUAAAGAUGAGUCGCUUUCUGAACGUCCUGAGGAGCUGGCUGGUGAUGGUGUCCGUCAUCGCCAUGGGAAACACAGUGCAGAGUUUCAGAGAUCACAGCUUUUUGUCAGAGAAGCUAUACACAGGCACACCAGAGUUUGUGAACGGUCUCCAGGCUCGAACAUUUGGCAUUUGGACGUUGCUGUCAUCAAUCAUUCGCUGCUCCUGUGCCAUUGAUAUCCAGAACAGAACGCUGUAUCACAUCACCUUAUGGACAUUUGUGUUGGCGUUGGGCCACUUUCUCUCUGAAGCUUUCAUCUAUAAAACUGCACCCCUGACUAUCGGGGUCAUGGCACCUCUCAUUGUGGCAAGUUUCUCCAUCAUAGGAAUGCUGAUAGGAUUCCAGUGUAUUCCAGAGUCACAAGAGGAAGUCGGAGCGCGACAGAAGAAGCGCAACUGAAUCCCGACAGUUUGAUUUUCCUCCGGUCCGUUAAACUCACCUCCACAGUAACCACCAGAUACAUCUGUGGACUGGUGAAAGUGUGCUGCUUCUUGCCUUGAAGAACAUGAAAUCUGGAUUUAAAUUCAUUUCCUACUCUCACUUCCUAUAGACUAUUUACAUUUCAAUCUGGGCUGUAUUUAAUGUUUUUAAACUGAUGUUUUACAGUAGACAGUGCAAUCAAAAAAGGUUUGACAGAACACUACAGCGAUCAAUACGCGUCGGUUCGAAAAGAUGACACUCAUCCAUAUGUGUCUGGGCCCAUAAAUAAAGUCUUUUGUUUGUUUUUAAAAUCCUUAAA